ACUUGCGAAACUGUCAUUCCAGUACAGCAGUUUGUACGCCAGCUUGUCAAGGAGACCAGAACCCGCACUCAAAAAGGAAUAGCUGCCAUCUAAGAAUGAAGAGCACAUUCGUAAUUGCCUGUGCCGCCUUGCUGGUGGCCAGUAUCAGUGCCGCCAUUGUGCCCAGCGUACCGUCGGCCAUCAACAAUCAGCUGUAUCGCCGCUAUGUGUGCGUCCACAAGUCCGACGGCUUCAGGGCUCUUGUGCCGGGAAGCUGCUCUCAGUACUACGAGUGCCAGGGAGGACAGGCGCUGGUAAGCACAUGCUCCCGCUUCUUUGACGCCAAAGUCCAGGGAUGUGUCAACUACAACACCGGAUGCAUUGAAGUACAGUCAUCGGCGGUGGUUACGGACACCGCUUUCUGCUGUUCCCUGUACACCGACACCCUGUCCCACGACACCAUAACACCCUGUGCUACUACCCCGUCUGCACCAACAACCACCUGUUCGACAACAACAGCGACGACAACCACCUGUUCAACAACAAGCUCUACAACAACAACGUGUACAACAACAACAUCGACAACCACAACUUGUUCAACAACCACAUCAACAACAACAACAACAACGUGUACAACAACAACAUCGACAACCACAACUUGUUCAACAACCACAUCAACAACAACAACAAGUUCUACAACAACAACGUGUACAACAACAACAUCGACAACCACAACUUGUUCAACAACCACAUCAACAACAACAACAAGUUCUACAACAACAACGUGUACAACAACAACAUCGACAACCACAACUUGUUCAACAACCACAUCAACAACAACAACGUGUACAACAACAACAUCGACAACCACAACUUGUUCAACAACCACAUCAACAACAACAACGUGUACAACAACAACAUCGACAACCACAACUUGUUCAACAACAACAUCGACAACAACAACUUGUUCAACAACCACAUCGACAACAACCACGUGUUCAACAACAACACCCUCCACUACACCCUGUGUAACAACCCCCAAAGUACCCACAACACCUGCAACACCCUGUGUACCCACUCCUUCUGCUACAACAACCUGUUCAACAACAACUUGUUCAACAAUAACUACACCAUGCGUUGAGGUCACCACCCCAUGCGUUGAGGUCACCACCCCAUGCGUUGAGGUCACCACCCCAUGCGUGGAGAUCACCACCCCAUGCGUGGAGAUCACCACCCCAUGCGUAGAGGUCACCACACCCUGUGUAGAGGUCACCACACCCUGUGUUCAGGUCACCACUCCAUGCAGCGGAGCCAGCGCAGCCGCCAUUGUGAAGCCCGCCUCCAUGCAAGUGAGACCCGCCCCCCCUGCCCGUCCUGCCGGACUACUCAUGGAGGCAAUGCAGCAUCAGGCCACCCCCCAGGCCCAGGAGCUGAACAUCCUCACCUACACCAACUACGUGUGCCGUAGCAAGCCCGAUGGCUUCAUGAUGGCCUCCCUGAAGAGCUGCAACAACUACUACAUCUGCCGCUAUGGAAAGCCACUGCAGGUGAGCUGCGGCGACAAGUACUUCAACGCCCUGAAGGGCAUCUGCGAUCUACCCGAGAACACGCGCUGCGUUCAGCCCUCGGUCUAGACCUGGACGAGACCAGUACUAUUACGAUCACGAUAGCCCAUACAAGUCGAGCAGCGCCACCAGACCCCACCUUGAUAAACUAUGUCUAAUCGAUUAUACCCAAGCCUAUAAUAUAGUCAAAUAUACGAGUAUGCAAAGCUACAAAAAAGUGCAAUAA